AUGUCAUGCCAACCUCUGAACCCCGCCCUAAGCCUUGUAUUCGUACCUGGAGGGGCAAUCUGGAUUGAACAAGAUAUGUUGAUACCUGAGUCGACUUCGAGUGACUUUACCCAAGUCUCCUCAAGUCUCUUCAUGUUACUCCCCAGAAUGGCACCUGUCCGCCAUGGAAGAAACCCCCGUCGUGGAUCUCCCCAAGGCUUAGCGCGAUGGGCUCUGUUAGACGGUGCCUUCCUCAAAGGACCACCAAUCGCAUCGCGCAAUGCUCUGGACUGCGGAAAACUUUACGGCCCUGCCGUCCUCAUAUCAAAACCCACGGAAACCUUAACGCGGACGUUGCGAUUAUCGCAAUAUCGGGCUCCAGGCGGCCUAUACACGCAAGACGCUGCCGACAAAUGUAUCCCAUUUAGAGGUAAACCCAGUCUCAAUAAGGGCUUUCAUUCCAAAUAUUGCCUGAUAUUGCCAAAUCCGAGGCGCCACAGUCGGUCUGACAGACGAGAAUGUUCCCCGUCUCGCAUGGAAUAUUGGAUGCUUGCAAUUGCCUGCUUUUGGAUUGGCAUCGAACAAUCCUACGCUGGAUACUGGGAGAUCGGCAUCGCGAUUCUCCGCACACUUGCAAGGCCGUGGUCACAGAGACUCCAAAAGGCCCGACGUCGCGUUGGCAAACUCAAUGCCAGUCGUUUGGGUCACGCUAAGCAACGAUUACUUCUCGUCAUCAGCACCUUAAUCACCUUUGGUGGAGGGGCGCCGGUUGAAUCGCGAAGCCUGUCAGCUUACCAGCAGCAGGCAGUGUACAGAGAUUACCCGCCGGACGGAAGACGCGAUUACUCAACCUAUGGUAUCCGUGCUGCCGUCCAGUCACCGGCCACAAAACUCUCCAUCUUGACCAGAGGAAUAAGCCAAACAGAGAUUGGGGCUCGUUCAAUCCCACGCCACAAGUUUGAUAAGAAUACCGGCUUGAUGGCGGCAUCGUCUCUUCAACCUCAGUCUCAUAGGCUGUUUGACAUCCCAAUCUACGCAGGUGAUGGCGCUCGUCAACGCCCGCAGCUUGUGUCCAACGACUUCCUAGAGUCAAAUAUUAUCUUCUACCAACGCGGAACAUCGCUGGAUCUGGAGGGGAAGCCUUUCAAUAUGUCGACAAUCUCACCUUUCAAGAGAGGAAACCUAAAAUUCAGACGAAGUUGGGGGCUACGCCUACAGUCCGCCUAUCUAGCAUUGAAGAUCGAGAAUCGGACCUGCCUCCGUAAAGGGAAGUGGGCGGGCGGGCGGGAGCGAAGUGCGAAAAAUUGGCCACCCCGGUCACAACGAAAUAGUCGGCGCACCGCCGUCUCCGUCUCCAUGGGAUAUAUGCUGGUACCAAGCGCGAGGCUUUUUGGCAAGCGUUCAUUUGCGUUUGGAUGUGGUUUAUUCACAUGGACCACGGCAGGGAAUGGGUCUUUGGCCGCUUACAUGGCUUCACGGCCUUCAUCUUGUCCUAUCCCCGGCCCGCGGGCUUGGCCGGGGUCCGGGGUGCGGACAGUAGGGUUUGGAUUCUACUCCGCUUUUCUCGCGGAGCUUCGGUUUCGGGCGUAUAUCCGAAAGCCAAAGGGUCACUUAAUCAUCAAGGUAGCACCGUACCAAGGCAAAGAGGGUAGGACGACGCGCAGGAAGGUCCAUCGCGGUGGAAUUGUUGCUUGGGCUGGUGACAUUGGCGCUGGGCGGAAGUUUGGCGGAGGUCUCACGCGCGGCGUGGACGAUGGACGACUAAUCGACGCCGGUGCAAUCGUUGCAGAACGCGGAUUUGUCAUCUCACCGUCGCCGAUGUGGACGAUUACCACGGAUUUUUCCCCUCAACAGUAA